AUGCCUGACGAAUUUGUCAACCGCGAGGAUGAGCGGGUGCUGGGGCAGCAGACAGAAGGCCAGGAGGCUCGGCUGCUGGAGCACGUGACGAAAUCAACGCCACCCAACGACCCGCAAGCCGUGAUCAACGCGAUCGAUGCGUAUGCGUGGUCCAGCCGCGAGUUCUUCAUGAACGUUGGCGACGUCAAAGGCGUCAUCCUAGACGACGCCGUCCGCCGCGCGAAUCCUCUCAGCGCAAUCGAGCUCGGCGCGUUCUGCGGCCCGGAGUUCUUUAUGAACGUUGGGGACGUCAAGGGUGCUAUCCUAGACGACGCCGUUCGCCGCGCGAAUCCUCUCAGCGCAAUCGAGCUCGGCGCGUUCUGCGGGUACUCGGCGGUUCGAAUAGCAUCGCAACUCUCCCUGCCGGGAGCUCGGCUGGUUUCCGUGGAGCUGAGCGAAUCCCGCUCGUCCGUCGUACGCGGCAUGGUCGCACACGCGGGCCUGAGCGACAAAGUCACCGUCGUUACAGGCACGCUGCAGACCUCAACUGACGAGAUUCGGCAAGCUGCAAGCAAGAUUCCGUUCGAUUUGGUCUUCAUCGAUCAUGUGAAGCACCUCUAUCUACCCGACCUCCUGUUCCUUAAAGACCAGAAGCUCAUCGGGCCUGGAACUGUCAUCGUGGCUGAUAACAUCCUUUAUCCGGGAUCGCCUGAUUAUCUGGAAUUCAUGGAGAGGAGCGCUGAAUUCGUGACGGAGAAGAGGGAAACGAUGCUGGAGUACUCGACCAAGGUGAAGGAUCUGGUGCUCGUUUCAACCUACUCCCCUAAGAACGUUUAG